GGCUUGUUUAAAAAGUGCCUGAGUGCCAGCAGGACUAUUGGUUCAGUGCUGCGUGCUGUAAAGCAGCAGGUGAAGAAUGUCUCGGAUCAAGGAGUUCGAUCUGACUUAUGAAGCUCUCAACGAAGCGGGCACUUUUUCCGAAGGAGAUACGGUGUCAGGCAGAGUUAGUUUGACUUUGGCGAAAAACACGAAAGUGAAGAGUCUCUCCGUGAAAGUCAAAGGGGAGGCACGCGUUAGGUGGUCGGAAGGAUCACAAGACGACAGGAGAUCGUACAGUGCUCACAGGAAAUACUUCAAAAUCAAAGAGUGCUUAGUCGCAGAAAAUGAUAAAGACACUGUUCUUUCUGAGGGGGUCCAUCAGUUUAAGUUCAGGAUGAAACUCCCACAGGGGGAAAUGCCAUCAACCUUCAAGGGGCUUCAUGGAAACAUUGACUACACGCUUGAAGCCAAGAUGUCCAGGAGCUGGCGGUUUCCCUCUGGAGUACAAAAGCAUAUCUGUUUUCUUUCGAGGUCUUUAACACACCCUCAACAAGUAAUGUGUCCACAAUCUGGUUCAGUAAAUAAACAGAUGGGAAUUUUUUCUAAAGGACAGGUCCAAAUGUCUGCUACGGUUGACAGAAAGGUUUGCGCUCCAGGUGACACCUUGUCUGUUGUUGCCAAAAUCCACAACUUCUCUUCCAAAACCAUGAGGCCCAAAUUCAGUCUACAUCAGAAAAUAGUCUACAGCGCCAGUGGCUCAACUAAAACUAGUGACACAAGUCUAUGCAAAGGUUUGGGGGAAACUAUCGCAGCAAACCGAGAGGAAACAGUCUACUGCCAACUGAAGAUUCCUGAUGAUGCCAUCUACUCUAUCCAAAAUUGUGACAUCCUCUCAAAUAACUAUUACCUCAAGGUGUAUUUGGACAUCAGCUUUGCCACUGACCCGGAGGUGGUGUUUCCACUGGUCAUCGUUCCUGCUGGCUUUGCUAACCCUCAGGCUCAUGAGGUUGUGGGGCCUUACCCACCGGAGGCUGUUGGGGGCCCAAGUUACAGCGACUUCCCUCCCCCUGCUUUCCCCGUUGGACCUUAUCAUGUACCCCCAGGUCCAGGUCCCUAUGGAUACUCAGCGCCAUUUCCCGCUCAACCUGUGAACAUAACAAGUGGCUAUAAUAAUCAGUGGCCACAACAGCCUGCUCCGUAUUUUCCAGCUGCAACCUUCCCAUCAUCUUCAGUACACUAUCAAGCUCCUGCUGCUUCACAUCAGUUCCAACAGGGAGAAGGACCUCCAUCAUAUAUGGACAUUUCCCUUCCUUCCUCUUACACUCGUGGCUCAGAUCAUAAAAUCUGAGCUCCAGAAGGAACACAAGCAAAUAGGGUUGAAAUAGGAUGAUGAUGAUGAGAGUAUUUGAGCUAUUUUUAAUGUGAAAUGGGAAAAUAUUUGCUGUUUACAAAUGAAAAUAUAUUUUGUAUUUGCCCUACUGUUUAACAUUCUUUUACAGUCAUGUUAUAUAUGAAAGAAUGUUUCAUAUGUUUAGACUGUGUGUGUCUGGGUGUGUGUGUGUGUUCUGAUGUAAAACCAAAACUACCUGUCUGUGCCCCUCAUUCAUGUCAUUUUACAGGGGAAGAUUGUUGUAUUAAGUUUAGUAAUAACUGUUACGGCCCUGGCUGUAUUUCCUUAGCUCUGUUCUAGUUUAUGUCCUGUGUUGUGUGUGAGUGUGAGAGUGAUUGCUCUCCUCCUGUGAGGAUGUCUGCAACUGAUCAGUUCAUUUGCAAUAUCCUGCAUUUUGAAAUGCCCUGGGUCCCUGCAAUCUGCAGGUAGCUUUCUGACAACAGCAGCUGGUACUGUAGUUUUGUUGUGUAGUGACUGUGUGUAUUAGAUGUAAAAUUGUUGGGCCUUUUGCCCUUGUUGUCAGUGAUCUUGGAAAUUCUGUAAAUAGAAUAGGAAGUUUCUCUUCAUAAAUAGCACUGAAGUUGUUGGGACGAACUGCCAUUUUAUUUGGCACUGUUUUCUACAGCUUUUAUUUACUCUUGGUUUAGAAAAUGUCCCUUUGUUUGUUUGUUUGUUUGUUUCACAUAGGGAUUAGUUAGCACAAUUUGAGGAGAUAUAUUCUUUUGUUUGUUGUUUUGGCCUUGGUUCACCCUGAGCUAUAUUGCUUAAGUAUAUUGUCACCAUUCCACAUUUUGUAGUAAUAAAUUAUUUCACUGUGA